AUGCACUUGCCCAUCAGAUGUCUGCGCCUCAUCUUGCUGGCAGUCGCAGCGCUGCCCAGCGUGCACGCCGCUUCCGACAAGAAAGGCGGCCAGCACGCGCUGAAGGCAUCCAUCGACAAUGCCAAAGCCCGUGAGGCUUGCCCUGAUUACACUGCCUACGCAAGGCACCGUCACCCGCCCUACAGCGAAGGUCCGAUGGAACUCCCCUACCAGCGCCCGGCCGCCGUGUGUCGCACAUUCGAAUCCCCGCUUGUUGAGGAAAUCAUAGAUGAGCUUAAGCAAAGGAUGGUGGACAAAGACCUGGCUCGAAUCUUCGAGAAUGCCUUUCCGAACACGUUGGACACAACGGUACGCUGGCACGUUGAAGGGGACAAGACGAUAAUGCCAAACAUGCGCGCGCCAUGGCAAGGCGCCCAAAGUUUCAUCGUUACUGGAGACAUCAAUGCCGAAUGGCUACGAGACUCGACCAAUCAACUUGCCCAGUACCAGAAAUUGGCUAAGAAGGACAAGGCUAUCGAAAGUCUAAUCUUGGGCGCCAUCAACACCCAGGCUGAGUUUGUUAUCGGAUCCCCGUAUUGCAAUGCUUUUCAGCCACCCCCUCCGAUCUACGAACCAUCCUUUGUCUUCGAGUGCAAGUACGAGUUGGACUCGUUGGCACAUUUCCUCUCGCUCGCCAACCAAUUCCACAGCCAUACCGGAUCUACUGAAUUUGUGAACACACGCUGGUAUACCGCACUCAAUACGCUCCUGGAUGUUCUCGAUCAACAAUCAAAGCCAACUUUCGAUAAGAACGGCGACUUUAGGAAGAAUGAGUAUACCUUCAAGCGUCAUACCGACGCUGGAACCGAGACGCUCAACCUUGGCGGAAUUGGCAACCCUCUCAAUGCUGGCACCGGCUUGGUACGCAGUGCAUUCCGGCCGAGCGACGACGCGACCAUUCUCGGCUAUCUCAUCCCUGCAAAUGCUAUGAUGGCCGUCGAGUUGAAACGCUGUGCAAAGAUGCUCGAGAAAGUUGGUGGUGCGAAGGCUAUCGAGUAUUCGAAGAAAGUCAUGUUGUACAGUGAAGCAAUCGAGGCGGUCGACGGCUUCGGUUCCUCAAUCUUGAUGGACGAUGCGAACCUUCCAUCGCUCUUGGCGCUUCCUCUACUCGGCUUUGUCGAUGCAAAGGACCAGACAUAUCAAAACACCAGGAAAAUGAUCUUGGAGAAGCAGGGGAAUCCCUAUUACCUCAAAGGCAAAGCUUUCGAGGGCAUUGGCGCCAUGACUUCUGAUGACGAUGAAGAGAUCACGGAGGCCAUUAACUAUGUAAAGGCGGCUAGCAAGCUUGGCUUGGUGCACGAAAGCGUCGAUGUCAAUUAUCUGAAGAGCUACACCAGGCCUUGGUUUGCUUGGGCAAACUCCGUCUUCGCACAAACAAUCCUCGACUUGGCAGAACGCAAGCCUCACCUCCUCUUCGGGCACGGUUCCAAACCUUACAAGAUCGCAUGA